GACAGAUGUGACUAUGUCUUUGUCAAUGGGAAGGAAAUGAAAGGCAAAGUGAAUGUCAUAGUUAAUUUUACUUACCAGCAUCUGAGUGCCCCUUUAGAAAUGACAGUCUGGGUUCCUCGUCUCCCGCUGCAGAUAGAGGUCUCUGACACAGAACUAAAUCAGAUCAAGGGGUGGAGAGUCCCCAUCAUCUCUAAUAAGAGACCAGCCAGGGACAGCGAUGAUGAAGAAGAGGAUGAGCGUAAGGGAAGAGGCUGCGCCCUUCAGUACCAACAUGCGAUGGUGCGAGUCCUCACGCACUUUGUAGCUGAAGCCUCAGACCCCGGCGGGCAGCUGAGCUACUUACUGGGUUCUGACUGGCAGAUUGACAUCACCGACCUGGUGAGUGACUUCAUGCAGGUGGAGGAGCCAAGAAUUGCGAAGCUACAGGACGGACAGGUUUUGAUUGGGCAGGAGCUUGGAAUGACGACAAUUCAGAUAUUGUCCCCCCUCUCGGAUGCCAUCUUGGCGGAGAAGACAGUGACAGUUCUGGAUGAGAAGGUGACAAUAACUGACCUGGGAGUGCAGCUGGUGACUGGAUUGUCGCUUUCUCUGCAGCUCAGUCCAGGAAGCAAUAAGGCCAUCUUUGCUACAGCAGUAGCACAAGAGCUGCUCCAGUCUCCAAAGCAGGAAGCAGCCAUUAGCUGCUGGAUCCAGUUCAGCGAUGGAUCUGUCAUGCCCCUGGAUAUUUAUGACUCCAAAGACUUCUCCCUGUCAGCUACAUCUCUAGAUGAGAAGGUGGUCUCCGUUCACCAUGACCCCAAGUACAAGUGGCCUCUGAUUGCUGCUGAGACAGAAGGCCAGGGGACACUGGUGAAGGUUGAGAUGGUGAUCAGUGAAUCAUGCCAGAAAUCCAAAAGGAAAAGCAUCCUGGCUGUUGGAAGUGGUAGCGUUAAAGUCAAGUUUGGGCAGAGUGAUGCCAACCCUAACAUCAGUGACAGUAAACACAGGGGUGCUGGUGUCCACCUAGAAAAUCGUGCCAGUGACCGGCGUCAAAAAACCACUUUGCAGGAAAGAGCUGGGCUAGAUGGCCAGUACUACAGCUCCUCAAUGGGUCAUGAGCAAGGCAAAGGAACCACAACUCAAAGGUCGAUUUUAAGUAAGAAAGAAGACAGAGAAAGCCUCCUGGAUGACGACAGCCAUUUGCAGAACAUCCCAAUAGACUUCACGAGUUUCCCUGCACAGGUGGAUCUGCCAAGAAACAACGGAGACUUGGAAGAAAAUGACCUAGUCCAGACCCCGAGGGGGCUCAGUGAUCUGGAGAUAGGAAUGUAUGCUCUUCUGGGAGUCUUUUGCCUGGCAAUUCUGGUCUUCCUUAUCAAUUGUGUCACUUUUGCUUUGAAGUACAGAAACAAACAAGUCCCCUUUGACGAGCAAGAAGGCAUGAGCCACUCUCAUGACUGGGUUGGGCUGAGCAACAGGACAGAACUUCUGGAGAAUCACAUAAAUUUCUCAUCCCAACAAGACGAACGUAUCACAGCCAUUGACACAGGAGUGGACUAUGAAGAGAGCAAAUAUCUCCUCAACACCACUGCCACUAAAAAUAUUAAUGGUCAGUCUUUCAGGUCUACUGAGUCCACAUUCACUGAAGGGAAAGAACAGAAAAGUGAACCAACUACUUCUCCUACCUCUAAGAGGAAACGGGUUAAAUUCACCACCUUUACUACCAUCUCCUCUGAUGAUGGGUGUCCCACUGUCAACUCAAUCUUGAUGAGUAGUGAGGAUGACAUUAAAUGGGUCUGCCAGGAUAUGGACCUGGGGGAGUGCAAAGAACUUAAGAACUAUAUGGAGAGAUUACAUGAAAAUGCGUAG